UAGAAAUUUAUCGUCUGCUUCUAUUCACCAUGCACUCGUCUAUUUUCCCUUUCAUUUCCCUUUGUAUAUCUACAUGUGCAAUUAAGGCAUCGGAGCUGUCCCACCCACGUACUCUCCACCUUCAACGAAAAGCAUCUUUCAACACAACGCAACUCCCAUCUUACAGCACUCAGCUCACAUCAUGGCAUACGGGAUACGAGCUAACGUUCCAGACGGAAGUAACAUUCGGCAACCAAACCCUCUCAGUCUUGGUCGACACCGGGAGCAGCGACAUAUGGGUUCUCGGCCCCAACUGGGUCUGCAUCAACGAUACCAGCAAUGCGACUCUUCCUCAAGAAGCAUGUACCUAUGGAUCACAGACCUACACACCCAGCACCACCUUCCACGAAAUUUCCGAUAUGUACUUCGGCGAACUACUCGGAGCGGGUAGGGUCAGCGGGCUCUUUGGGCUGGAGGACGUGACGCUCGGAGGAAUAACAGUCACAAGUCAACAUAUCGGCGUCGUCAACACAUCCUCGAAUUUUGGAGACGGCGUUUACACCGGGAUAGUAGGUUUCGGGUAUCCAUCCAUGACGUCGAGCCACAACGGCUCAAUAGUCAAUGCCGACAAUACGACAUACUCUGUCAACGCCAGCACGUACAAUCCCUUGUUCAAUAGCAUGGCUCAGGAAGGCUUGGUGGAGGAGGCGUACUUCAGUAUUGCGCUCGAGAGAACACCUUUCAAUGCCACCACCGGUCCAGGCGGAUAUCUCACCCUCGGAGGCCUCCCCCCGGUAUCCUAUAACCCCAAAUUCGCCACCGUCCCCGUAGAAAUCGCACCCCUACCCACAGAAAUCACCGGCGGUAUUGCAAAUUCCCGCUCAUGGUGGGCUAUAAACAUCUCCGGCAUAAUAUUCAGUCCUGCCUCAAACCCACACAACACAACCACGAACUCUACCACCGCACUCGCUGUCGUCGAUACAGGAAACUGGUUUAACUACGUCGAUCCAGAGACCGCGAGCGGUAUUAAUGAUUUGUUCGAGCCGCCUGGACAGUGGAAUAUGGAAACUAGUCCCAUUACAUAUACCAUCGACUGUAAUGCACGAGCGCCAAACCUAGGCUUUACUAUAGGGGGCCAAACUUUCUUUCACAAUGGUAUGGAUCUGGUGUAUCGUGUGGGUGAUGGGACUUGUGUUUCGGCUGUGGUGUCGAAUGAGGGUGUCCAGCUCUAUGGAUUGACGGGCGUUAUUCUCGGCGACACUUUUCUUAAGAAUGUGGUGGCGGUUUUCGAUUUCGGUAAUAAUGAGAUGAGAUUUGCGGAGAGAACGGAGGGUAGGAGUAAUACAUCCUCUAUCUCUCCGCCUUCGCCUGUUUCUUUAAUGAGCGCAGCGUCAUCAGUUACUUGGCAUUUGUUAUCCUUAAUUGUUAUCGCCACGACGAGUAGUGUUUUUUUUUUAGUUUCUUUUAUUUAGCGCUUUAAAUAUAUCGGAAAUGUCGAUUUACCGGUAUUAUAGUUUUGGAGGUGUGGGAUGUUUUGGGUAGUGAUGGGUUUGGCUUUGUUGGCCAGGUUGGGUAGUCGUGGUCUGAUUCUGUGUAUGGCAGUAGCUUGCUUGAACUUCAACACUUGCUGGCAAACCAAAUACUGCGUAACAUCGCUCAUCCCUUCUAUCUAAAGACCCACCUUUUAAAUUGCUACUGCUGUAGGUGUAAAUGAGGUUGUCGUGUUCGAGUUGUGACAUCAACU